AGACCACGGUAAAUAAAAGGGGCCAAAGACCCUAGUUGACCAAGCAGCAAGAUGGUCCUGGCGUGCCUGGUCUCCAUCCUGGUGAUCCAGGAGGGGCUGGCGUGGGCACGGAGGAGCCCCAGAACGUGUGGUGGGUGGUGUGUGCAUGAGCUAUGUUAGCUGUGUUUGCGAUGAGCCAGUUGGACAGUGUUUGGCACCAAUGUUACUUGACGCUACUGUCUAUUUUUUAAUGAAUUUUUUGUGUGCAUUUCCAUUAAACAUAGGAACAACAAAAGCACUGUGAGUUAGGGGAAUCUCUGGCUUGCUGGGUGGGAGCCGAUGCUUGCCAGCAUCUCUCUUGCUGCAUCAAAUUACUAUAUAAAAAAGGGUGUGGUGACUCUGAGCCUAGCUCUCCGCUUUGUAUUCUCAAAAUCAUGCUUUUCCCCCUGUAUCCCUGCCCACACACGCACUGGGGAGGGUGGGAAAAAUCUGAUGGGGUGAGUCUGUUACGUGAGAACGGGGAGCUAAAGGGCACUUCUUGGCUGGAGAGCUGAGGGUGGGCUCCACACAAAGUCUUCCAUCGAUUCCCAAUCUUUACGGCAUUAAACACCCAAGUCUUGCACCGCCUGCUCAGCAGAUGCGUUGGUGCUCUGUCAGGCUGGGUGUGUUUUCAGUGAGAAUCCUCAAGUCAGCAUCCCUGUGGGAGAGGAACUUGCCGAGAUUCCUAUUAACAAUUUGGGUGCUGGAGUUUCUGGAGAGCUUGGGAAUGGGCUGGAGAUGCAGCGGAGGGUUUCCAUUUGUCUUCGGUGCUUGCAGGUGUGGAAUACGGUCCCGGUCCUGGAGCGGGAACAGCAAAUCUUGCCCACGGUUGCUUUUGUCUGACGUUGGGCUGGAGAGCGCUGAAAUGUGACUCCAGUUCCCUCUUGCGGAUGCUGCCCCACCACUUGGACAAGGUCAGUCCCUGCUUUCGCUCUGGUACGGUGGAGAAACUUCAUGGCUUUCUGCACCCAAACCCUGCCCUCAGUGCUGUUGAGCGGAGCAAGAGGAUGAGUUGCUGCUGAUCCGUAUGUUGUCGGAGCCUUGGGAACAUCACCUCUGAGGGAUUACUGGGCAGGGCUCUGCUUGCUGGAGACGGGCAGCUGUCGUGGCUUCAGGAGAGCAGAAGAUGGUUUAUGGCCACAAUUCCGGUGCAGAUUGAAGCACCUUCUGCUGCGACAGAGAUGCUGGUGGCGUUGCUCUGUGCGCACGUUGUCAAGCGACCGCCCUUGACAUUGCUGAGCAACAGGCCUUGGUGGAUCAGGCUCCAGCACCUUUGCCCUACCUUCUGGAAGACUCUUUCCCCUUACUCUGGCAGCUCUAUCAAAAAAAAAACCAAACCCAACAAACAACUUGAUGCCUGCUCCAGAUGUUGCUUUUACAAACAUACUCACAUGCGAGUCUGGCCCCAAAGAGCCAAACCGUACAAUCUCAAUGAGAUGGCAGAGGUCCCUCCUUUUUCUUCAGGACUCGACUUUGGAACUAGUAGAAACUUCAUGCUGCCUCUUGUGAAGAUACUGAAUAAACGCCCUUGCUUGGCCCUGUUCCUUUCCGCAGGCUGCCUUUCCUCUUGGAGCUGCCGUGUGGCCUGGAGGCGAGUUCCCUGGGGAUGGGGAGGUGGGGUGGUGGCCGUAAGCUUGGCAGACCUGAAGCGGUCUGGGCAGGUUUUGAUUGCUGUGUGUGUCUUAGUACCGUGGGUCUCUGCUCGUAGGUUUUCCAGCCAUCUCUUUCCUGCUACCUGCAUUGGACCAAGCAUGGAUGACUGAAUUAGGGUCGACUUGAGGGUGAACAAGCAGCUGGUACCCCUGUGAUGAGCUGCGUUCAGAUCAGCUGAACUUUCGGAGCUCUCCUGGAGUACCGCAUUUCGUUUUACCUCCUUAGCGGCAUGUAGUAGCGGUAGCCUCAAUGUCUCCAGGAGAUGAGAAGUGGCUGGGUGGGAUGGACGCGGGUCUGCGGUGCCCAUCGGCUGCCGGGUACUGCUCUCCAGCUGGGAGCGAGAUCCUCGAACACAUCCAGCGGGUGACGUGGAUGCUGCAGGGUGAGCUCAAGUUCCCUGACAGUCGCUUUGCUCUGCUUAAUAGUGACUUGUAGGCACCUCAUGAGUAGCGUCCGCACCAUCCCUCGGGGUCUGGAGUUCAGAAGAUCUUGCAUCCAAGAUCCACUUGUAUCUCAAAUGCUUGCGGCUUGGCACAGAAUUACGUAGGCGAGGCCCCAUCUCCAUGUCCAUCGUCCUGCUGCAGGCAGGUCCGGGUGGACAGCUCAGGGACUUGAGCAUCUCCGAGGAUGGGGUCUCCUAUCCAAGAGCUCCAUUCCAUUCUGUGAUUACCCUCAUGAUUUUAAAAUUAAUAAUAAAAAUCCGUGUAUC